GAGCGCGCUGACGUCACCGCGCGCCCGCGAUUGGCGGGAGAUCCGGGCUGGGAUGGCGCAGGGGCCGGAGCUGCGCGAGCUGGACUCGGACGGGAGCAGCGAGGAGCUGGUGCUGACCCCCGCCCAGCUCCUCCGCAGCCUGGAGCAGGCCUGGCUGAAUGAGAAGUUUGCCCCAGAGCUGCUGGAGAGCAAGUCUGAAAUUGUGGAAUGUGUCAUGGAGCAGCUGGACCACAUGGAGUCAAAUCUGAAACGAGCCAAGCAUGGAGACCUGAAGGUCAGCAUCCACCGCAUGGAGAUUGAGAGGAUCCGCUACGUCCUCAGCAGCUACUUGCGCUGCAGGCUUGUGAAGAUCGAGAAGUUUUUCCCCCAUAUCCUGGAGAAGGAGAAGUCUCGAGCAGAAGGAGAGCCUUCCGUCCUCUCUCCAGAGGAGUUUGCCUUUGCUAAAGAGUACAUAGCGAACACAGAAACCUACCUGAAAAACAUGGCCCUGAAACACAUGCCUCCCAACCUGCAGAAAGUGGAUCUCCUGAGACUGGUUCCCAAACCCAACCUGGACUCCUUUGUAUUCCUGAGGGUGCAGGAGAGGCAGGAAAACAUAUUGGUGGAGCCAGAGACUGAUGAGCAGAGGGAAUAUGUGAUUGACCUGGAGGAGGGCUCACAGCAUCUGAUCAGAUACAAAACCAUUGCCCCCCUGGUGGCCUCGGGAGCAGUUCAGCUAAUUUAAGACACCACAAGACUUAAAGGGGCCAGGCAGGAGGCCCUGCAGU